UCACAUGUGCCUUGCUGUUUGCAGGAUUAUCUCCAGAGGAUUAGUUUUUCAAUCCAGAAGACUGGGUGAGAUCUCUGAUCCAGCUGAAUCUGUGGAUUGCUGCUCUCCGUCAUUGUUCCUGAUCACUGCACCGAAGAAUAUCUGGAAGGCAGCAACGGGAGUUGUGAUCUUGAUUCAUCUCUGUGGCAGAAUCUUGAAUGGUGUUUACUUUUUGAGCAAUCUUCUGGGUUUGCAGUUAAAAGAAAUUAAACAGUUCACAAAGUGCAGAUUAUUUAUGUUGGCAGUUAAUUCGUUCCAGGAAACAUCAUCUUUCAUUAAAGUUCUUACUGAGCCGUUUCAGAAAAUUAAAAGGACAAAGAUGUGACAAGUCAAAGGGGUUCCAUUUCCAGUUGGAUGCAAUGGGAUAUUAAAGAGAGGAGUCAGCAGAGAACAGGAAUUCAUGCUGAACAUGAACAUGAUGAACAUGAAUGUGAGCUUCAUAAUUGCAGAUACAGUGGAACGCUGCUAUAAUUCUGUGAAUGGAACAUGUUUGAGAACAACCCGCUCCCAUGGUCUUCGAGUAUUGCUUUAUGCGUUUGGUGCAAUGGCAGUUCUGGUUACAAUGUUUGGCAACUUGUUAGUAAUUGUUGCAAUCUCCCAUUUCAGACAACUUCAUACACCCACUAAUUAUCUUGUUCUUUCUUUGGCAAUUGCUGACUUUCUUCUGGGAUGUAUGGUGAUGCCUUACAGUUUGACAAGGUCCAUUGAAAACUGUUGGUACCUAGGCGACUUGUUCUGCAAGUUUCAAGCAAGCUUUGACUUCAUGCUCUGUGCGUCGUCAAUAUUCCACCUGUGCUUCAUUUCUGUUGACCGUUACUACGCGGUGUGUGACCCACUGAAAUACAGAACCAGAAUAACUGUUCACACCGUCCUAAUCAUGAUCCUCAUCAGCUGGAUUAUCCCUGCAUUUGUGGGUUUUGGCAUGAUAUUUUUAGAAUUAAACUUGAUAGAAAUUAGAGAGCUUUAUUACAAAAACAUAUCCUGCUAUGGUGGCUGUAUUCUAGUGAUGGGGAAACUGUGCUCGGUGAUCUACUCGAUAGUUUCCUUUUACUUCCCGGGAUUUAUUAUGCUUUGUAUUUAUACAAAAAUAUAUUUCGUCGCGACAAAACAGGCCCGUGCCAUAAAUGACAUUACAAGGCAGGUGCAGUCCAUCAAGGAAAACAAGAGUAUUGCUUCCCAGACAAGUGAACGAAAAGCUGCAAAGACUCUGGGGAUCGUGAUGGGGGUGUUCUUAAUGUGCUGGACUCCAUACUUCACUUGCAAUUUCAUAGACCCUUUCAUUGAACACAAGACACCCUCCCUAAUGUUCGACGCAUUUUUUUGGUUAGGGUACUUGAACUCAGCAUUCAAUCCCGUGAUCUAUGCAUUUUUUUAUUCGUGGUUCAGAAAAGCUCUGAAAAUUAUUCUAACUUUUAAAAUAUUCAGAACUGAUUCCUCCAGGAUAAACCUCUUCUAAUUUGACUCCAGGGAGUGAAAACUUGGGUGAUGGCUGGUCCUGAUGUCUCCCUUCCGUUUAGAAGUCAUUACAAAUAUCACUUGCAAUUAUAUAACCAAAAGCUGUGAAAUUAGUUUGGAAUACUGUUUCUAUCCUGUUGCCACU